AUGUCUUCGGGAAACCAGCCCGACUCGUCGGCUUCGGCCCAACCGCCGACCCCAAUGAAAUCGACUCCCACUCCCCAGCGCCCUCCGAACCCUCGACAUCACCACACCGUCCCGUCCACCCUUCCCAUGCGCAACAUCUCCCUCGACCGCAUCCUCCAAGGCUCCUCCGACAUCCCCUCCGGCCAACCACGCACCCCCCCUCCCCGUCCCCGCCCCCUCGCCAAGCAUCAACAACAGCAACCCCAAGCCGCCCGCCGAGCCGCUGGACCCCCGCGCGGCCUACCGCAUGCACUCUCCCGCACCGGCCAGCACAUCCCCUCGCGUACCACCAAGCUAAGCGAGAAGCUCGUCCUGCUGCCCGAAGCCGAAGAGGAUGGUUUGCUCGAGGAUGAGGAGCUUUCUGAGGGCGCCAUUAAUCGGCGCCUGGCCGAGGUCGAGGACGGGCCCUUGAGGGACGAGGAGAGAGAUGUGCUGAAGAAGAGGGGUGGUAUCCGCGGCAAGAGUUACGCCGAGCGGCUACCCAAGGUUCAGAGGACGGAAAAGGUCUCGCGAUUGACGGCGUAUUGUACGGCCCAGUCAUUCAAGAUGAAGCAGACGGCCGAGUUUUUGAAGAACCAUCAUGAAGCGAGGACGAAGCUCUAUGACGACUGUCUUUACGUUAUCUACGCUCUGCCUUUGCUAGCCGGCGGCGAUGGAUAUCGAGUCCGGAGCAGAGCCAUUCUGAGAACCCCCGGGACCGGAAAGACGGUCGUCGACCUCGAAAUCGAACGUAGUGAACAAGUCGCCCACGAGGGCUACUUCGACGAAUACGCCUUCCAACAAAGCGAAGCCGGGCUCACACCCAACGGCAACGACGAAGCCUCCACCCUGCCCGACCCUAUCAGCCGCCUCGUGACCGACGCCAAGAAUUUCGCCGAGAUGUUCGUCUUUUCCUACGGCGUCGUGGUGUUCUGGAACUUCACCGAGACCCAGGAGCGCGACAUCCUCGCCGACCUCACCUUCGCCGAGAACGACACGGGUGUCGCACUCCUCACCCGCCCGCUCGACCAGGUCGACUACGAGACCGAGGAGUUCCACUUCGAGUACAGCCCGGACGCGAGGAGGCCGCGCAUCUUUAACGAUAUGAUUACGCUGCUGCCGCGGUUCGAUCAUAUGAUCAAGCUUACGAUUAGCCAUGCUAUUGCGCAGAGUACAAAGUUGUGCUUUUUCGAGGAGAGGAUGUCGGAGACGAUGUUGGAUGCGCAGCAUGUCCCCAAGGAUUUGGCGCUUACGGGGGAGCUGACGAUGGGGAGGACGGAGAUUGUGAAGAUUUUGGGGCAGCUCUUUAAGAGUCGCGUAGAUAUUAAUCUCUCCUCCAACAUGCUCGACGUGCCCAACUUCUUCUGGGACGCCGAACCCACCCUCCACCCCCUCUACGUCGCCAUCCGCGAAUACCUCGAGAUCGACCACCGCAUCAAGGUCCUCAACGAGCGCUGCCGCGUCUUCCUCGACCUCGCCGAGAUCCUGUCCGACUCCGUCGCCGACUCCAAGAUGAGCCACAUCACAUGGAUCAUCAUCAUCCUCAUCGCCGUCAGCAUCGUCGUUACCGUCACCGAGGUUUUUCUCCGCUUCGCUAUUCUGGAGAAGUCGAAGCGGGAGGGCGGGGCGGGGGGCACGAGUGUAAAUUUGACGGGUGUCCGGGCGCUGGGUGUCGAGGGGGUAGAUUUUGGACAAGGGCGUCCCACGGUGAAGGUCCUUGGGGCUGGGCAAGGUGACGAGAGGGAGAGGGCCAUGGAUGACGUGAGGAGGUUGUUGGAUGGGAUGACGGUCGAGGAAGUGAGGAGGUGGAGGGCUGUUUUGAGUGAGGAGCAGAUGGAGGGUAUUUGUGGCGGUUAUCAUUCCGAGUUGAAGGAGUUGUGA